GCUUCCUCCUCCCGAACGGAGCCCCCCCGACACACCCGGGGGGCGGGGGGGGGGCAGGAGACCCCCCCCACAGACACACAGGCGGGGCAGGGGCGGCCCGCCUUUCUCCAGGCCUGGCAAUCACGGCGCAUCGGCGCUCUUCCUCGGCCCGAGCGGGAGGCGCCCGGCGGCAGCGGCGACCCAGAGCCCGGGCCCCCUUUCGGCCUCCUGCCUCGCCCGUCCUAGGCGGGCCUCCCUGGGGAAAGCCGGAGGACCGAGGGGGCCCCGUUUCCCGCCCCCUCCUGCUGGGACAUGGGGAGGAUUCACCCCGCCCCCUGUGCAGAAGCCAGAAGGACGUUGCGCGAUCGCCCGCUUUUGUCCCUGACCGGCCGCCGUCUCGAUCGGCUUUCCGGCCAUUCCAGGCUUCGACUCCGGCGGCUCGCCGGGAAUUCUGGGAGUUGAAGGCCGGAGCUGUGAAACCGAUGGAGCUGGGGCCUCUCCCUCCGCGCCUCCCCUCUCCAUUGCCCCGACCUCCCCGGGGGCUGAAGCGGAGCUGCCCUCCCGCGGCACCGGAGGAGGAACGGCCGCAGCCGAGGGUCCCGGGGGCGCCUGCGCCGUCUGGCUCCUGGGGGGCGGGGCCUCCUGCCAGGGAACCUCCGGGUCCUUCCGGCGGAAGCGCGGCGGCGGCGGCGGCGGGGGCCGAGGAUGAGCAGGCCCUGGCGUCGCGCGGAGGCCCCGGGGGGCGGCAGGAUGGAGGGCGGCCGGCGGGGCGAGGCGGCGGCGGCGGCGGAGGACCCGGCCGCCCACGGCGCCCACAAGAAGAAGCACAAGAAGCACAAGAAGAAGCACAAGAAGCGGCACCACCGGGAGGAGCCCGGCCUGGAGCCCGCGGCCGCCCUGCCCAAGCCGCAGCUGAAGCUCAAGAUCAAGCUGGGCGGGCAGAUCCUGGGCACCAAGAGCGUCCCAACCUUCAGCGUGAUCCCCGAGAAGCCCCGGUCCCCCUCCCCACUGAUGGGGGCGGAGGAGGAGGAGGAGCCCCCCAUGGAAGGCGUGCCCAUCGAGCAAUACCGGGCGUGGCUGGAUGAAGACAGCAACCUGGAGCCAUCCCCGUUGCCAGAACUUGAUCCAGAAACGGGCUUCCCAGCACGGGAGGAAGAGGAGGAACAGCGGUGGCUGGAUGCCCUGGAGCGGGGGGAGCUGGAUGACAACGGGGAACUGAAAAAAGAGGUGGAUGAGUCCCUGCUCACUGCCCGGCAGAAAGCCCUCUUGCACAAACAGCAGAGCCAGCCCUUGCUGGAGCUGCCCAUGGGAUACAAGGCCAAGGAGCUGACAGAGGAGAUGCUGGUGAAGCGUGAAGAACGGGCUCGUAAACGACGGCUCCAAGCUGCCAAAAAGGCCGAGGAGAACAAGAAUCAAACCAUUGAGCGCCUCACCAAGACCAGCAAAGCCAAAGUGAAGACGCUGCGCGAGCGCAAGGCCAAAAGCAUGGCAGUCCCCACCGUGAGCUACCGCAGUGCUGCCUCUGGGACCACCAUCUCUUUCCCGCUGGGAACUUCCCUGCCCGUGUUGCCCUCCCUCCCAAGGGCAGUGCCUCCCCCCAUGCCGUGUGGGGUUAUUGGCUGCCCCAACCUCAAGCGGUACUCCUGUUCCCGCACUGGGACCCCCCUUUGUAGCCUGGAUUGUUACAAAAAGAACCUGCUGCUUCAGGAGGUGCCAGGAUAGUCACUCUGGUGGACAGUCGGUGCCAGGGGGUCACCCUGAAGGCCUCCGUGGAAGAGGAGUGCCAGCCCUGUUCCCAGGUGGCUGGGCAGAGGGGCAAGAUGUGGGUGUCCAAACAGCCUGGGGACCUGUACGGCGGCCAGUUCAGCAAGAAGCACAUCUCUGGCUGUGCACAGUGUGAGCCCCUUGGACAGCUCCUCUUGAGGCAGCGACCGUGUCGGAAAUGGAGGCUCUAUUCCCUUUGUGCCACUGCAAUGGGGAGGAGAGGACAGGACCAUGGUGUGUGUGUGUGUGUGUGUGGACUUGGGAGAUGGCGCCAGUGGUGACAGGCAUUGUUUCUUGCCUUUGGGGGGGGGAGGGGGGGGCUGCUGUUGCUUUUCAGGACAGAUGGAAGCAGAAGUUAUCUUUGGCAUUUGUAAGAAAAGUGGCUGAUUACUGGCAGGGCUUCACUCAGUCAGGAAGCCUGCAGGAAAAUUGAUUUAUUGUCAACAUUAAAGAUGCCCUGGAACUAACUGGAGAAACCCA